CGUAAUGUCAUGUGCACUUGUAAUCGGGGCAACGUCCACACUGGGUAAAGCCGUCGUGAGAAGACUCGCGUUCACCGGCUACAAGGUCGCCGCCGCCGCAGACUGUCCGAAUAGUGUGGGAAAGGUUGCAGAGGACAAUAUAAAGGUUGGAGGUGACGUCACAGCUUUCUCAUUAGACGUGGCAAAUGCCGAGCACAGGAAGGAGCUGAUCACGAAAGUGGCUGAGAAGCUCGGCGGUCUGGACACUUUAAUUAUAGUUCCACCACAGAAUGAGGUGCUCGGCGAGAUUAUUGAGACAUCCGGCGAGGAUUUUGAUAAGCUUUUCGCCAACAAUCUGACAACACCGUUCCGUCUUUCGCAAGCCGCUAUGUCGACGCUCGCCAAAUCUCAAAACGGCAGUAUCAUCUACCUAACGUCAUGUUUCGGCUUCACUCCAUCAAUCGAUAUGGGUCUCUACUCAGUUGCAUCUAGCAGUGUCCUAUCACUUACAAAAUCCGUAGCUCAGAGUGCCGCGAAACAAGGAGUCCGCGUGAAUAGUGUGGUGUCUGGAAUGAUUGAAGGAGACGGAACUGGUGCUGUAUGGGAUCAUGCUUCUGGAGAAGAAGCUCGUCAGAUUAAACAACACUUGGAAUCGAUGAUUCCGUUGGGAAGACUUGGAAGACCGUCUGAUGUUGCUUCUUAUGUCGAAUUUUUGGCUUCUACCAAAGCCAGGUACAUCACCGGCGAGAACUGCAUUGUUGGAGGAGGAGUCUCGUAUCGAUUGUAGAUUUUUUUUGCAAUUUUUCAUUCAUUUUUUAGACUUUUUUAGUAGGUUUUUCUGUUCAUAAUUGUUAAGUUUAUUUUUUCUAUUAAUUUUUGCUCAAUAUAAAAUCGAAUUUUUUGU